AUGAAACCUGCGAAACUCAAACAUAAGUUUCUUCGCGAUAAAUCCAUACGAUUUCAUAUUAUUGUUCUAUAUUUUAUUAUCAUUUGGUUGAUACUACUAUGUGGAUUUCUUUUUACUUAUUUUUCUCGUUCGAAUCGAACGCAUACUACUGAAUUAAAUCUGAUUAAACAACGAUUAAAUGAAUUAGAAAUAAAUGAAAUAACGAUUUCGUCGUCAUCGACAAAUGAAUAUGAUUCGAUACAACGACAAUCUAGACAUGCACGUACUACCAAAUCACAUUUAAUGCGUACGCAACAAAAUGUACAUGAACCAGAUUUAGUUUUUGGCUCAGUACAUUUUAGAGUACCGCCGGUGGUAAUGGCAACAUAUUGUGCUAAAUCAGUUGACUAUUGCAAAACGAUUGUCAGCGAAAACGAAGAACUACGAGGUCCUAAAGGCGAUCAAGGUGAACGCGGUUUUCAUGGAAUGCCUGGUCCAAUUGGACCACAGGGGCCUUCUGGUGCCAUGGGUUUUACAAGAGCAGCUGGUACUCUAGGACCUAAAGGUGAUCAGGGACUUUCAAUUCGAGGUCCACAAGGUCCUCCAGGUAAUACAGGGCCUCCUGGUUAUCCAGGUCCAUCCGGUGAACGAGGUCUUCCAGGUCCACCUGGAACAUGUAUAUGUCCUUCUCAAUCAUCAGUUCAAUCAGCAGCAACAUUCAGUAUAGAUCAACUACAAAAUCCCUCUCGACGUGACGGUGGUCUUCGUCGAGCUCAACGUUGUAUAUUUUCAUUUAUCGGUACACCUGUUCUAGUAAAAUCAGAAAAUUAUACAUUUGGUGCUUGGUUUAAAGAUCCGAUGUCUAAAACUGCUAAUGGAGCUCAAAAAAUCUACGUAACCCAUCAUGUUACUGGUACAUUGCUGUAUGAAUACAACAAUGAAAAUGAUUUGCUUAAUAAUAAACCAUAUCGUAUCAUAACAUUACCCUAUCCUUAUUCUGGUGUAAAUCAUAUUGUCUAUCAAGGAAGUUUCAUCUAUCAUAUUCUAAACAGAAAUAUGAUUGUACGUAUUGAUCUCGUAUCGGAAACUGAAGCGCAAAGCGUCGAAAUUCCCAUAAAUCGUGAACCACUCUAUAAUACACCACAAUCGGGUUGGCUUGAUUUUUCCGUCGAUGAAAAUGGUCUAUGGUUAUUAUAUCGUGAAAUAAAUACAAAGAAUUUUAUUGUAGCUAAAAUAAAUCCUGAUACGUUAGAUGCACAAAAAAAUUGGAUUCUACCAUAUAAUCCGUCAACUUUAAGUCAAGGCUUUGUUGCAUAUGGAAUAUUUUAUGGUAUACAAAAUUUUAAUAAACAACACUCUUCUAUUGAUGUUGCUUAUGAUAUAUAUUCAAGUCUGGCAUUUAUAACAAAGAAAAUUGAAUUUACAGUACCAUUUCAAUAUUUAGUCCAAUUUACUUAUAAUCCAUAUGAAGGAAAAAUAUUUGCGUGGGAUAAUAGACAUUUAAUUUAUUAUGUUUAUAAUAUUCAACGCGAUAAAAAAUUUAAAUGUUAA